UUCAAAUCAGACUGGAUAGGUUGAAGCAGGUUAGAUAUUUAGAUUAGACUAAAGCACGGAAGUGAUCCAAGUGUCAUGUCGGAGCAAACUCCAACCAACAAUCCCGUGGGGAAACGAAAGAAAACGAAUAGAGCAUGUAAUCAUUGUCAUAAGGCCCAUAUGCCUUGUACCAAUAGUAGGCCUUGUUUAAGAUGUAUUCAACGAGGCCUUCAAGAUACUUGUGAAGAUGCCCCCAGAAAGAGAAAGAAGUAUUUGGCGGAUGUUCCAACUCAAGAUUUAGCACCAAGAAAUAGCAAUGGAGGUAGUGGGGCUGGAAUGGGAAUAUCACCUCCAAAUAGCUAUCAAUCAACCCCAUUUCAACAUAGUGCUACUGCUCCAAUAAAUAACUAUGAAUUCAAUAACCCGGCAACGAAUUUAACCAGAACCGCUACACAAUCAUUGAUUAAAGAAGAACCAAAUCUGUCAUUUUAUUCCAGUAAUGAUAAGUUAUUUAACUUGAAUGAAUUUGGUACAAAUGAUCAACGAACUAAAGAAUUUAACUUUCCGAAUCAACAACAGCCUCAGCCCACUUAUCGUAAAAGAACCAAUUUUCUAAGUUCUGCUGCAGAUCUUGAAUAUUCUACAUUAUCUAAUAUUCUUCAAGAUAAUUUUAUGCAUAUAAAUCAUCCUUCUUCAACUUCUGCUGAAGGUACUCCUAAUUCCAUCAAUUUAUCCCCUGCAUUAUCGCCUCACAAUUUUGCCAACCAGGGCCUUACAGCAACUACUCCAUCAACGAGUAAUAUAAGAGGAAUUGGGUCACCUCAAUCACAAUCACAAUCACAAAAUCAUCCUCAAAAUCAAUCAUUACAACAACGUCAUUUCCAUAAUUCAAAAAACUUGUCUCCUUAUGUAUCAGGACCAUCGCAAAGUCCUUCACCUCAACAUAAUGGACGUAAAAGUAAUGAUUAUUAUAAUUCUAGUUUCCCUAAAUGUGAUGAAUCAAUAAAUCAAUACUUCUUAGGACUGACUGGAUCAGAUAACUUGACUGUCUUCCCUGAUAUUAUAAUGGCAAUUGAAUCGAUGAAAGAAAGUGAUCCUUCAGUAUAUCAUGAACGUAAUUCAAAACUGGUACUAUCAUUUGCCAUUGGGAUAGUGCCCGAUGAUAACUACGGAGAAUUAGAUUUACAUUUUAAAGAACCAGAAGAAAUAUAUGCUAAAGUUACCAAACCUUUUUCAUAUACUCCAGGAUAUCAUUCAUUGAUUGCUUAUUUACGGAAAAGAUUCCCAAAAGAAAUGUUGGUCAAAAUGGCCGAAUCCAUGGCUGCUUAUAGACCGAGUUUCAUUGCAUGUACUAAUUCAUUAAAGGAAGGAGAUUUAAUUUUCAUGGAACAGUGUUUUCAAAGGACUUUAUUAACCUAUGAUAAUUUUAUAAAAGUUAGUGGGACCCCAACAAUUGUUUGGAGACGUACGGGAGAAAUUGCUUACGUUGGUAAUGAAUUCAGUAUACUUACCGGAUGGACCAAAGAAGAAUUGAUCACGAAAAAGAAAACAUUUAUUGUAGAACUAUUAGAUGAUAAAUCAGUUGUUGAAUACUUUCAAUUAUUUCUGAGAAUUGCAUUUGGUGAUUUCUUAGGGGCCACCAUGACUGAGUGUUCUUUGCUAACACCAAAGGAAGGAGUUAAAAUACGGACUGGGUGUAUGUGGACUUUGAAAAGAGAUGUUUUCGGUAUUCCAAUGAUGAUUAUUGGUAAUUUCUUGCCGAUUGUUUAGACGGGGUUUUCAUAUUUUGCAUCUUUUAAUUGUAACGACGUU